AGACUAUAUAUGUCAAUAAUAUAUUGUUCUUCAUUUUUUUUGAGCUCCACAUUUUGUGCAUGUGAGCUUUGAGUAGGGAGAGCCACACACAAUCCUCUCUCCCUUUUAUCGCCAUUGAUGACAUAAAUUUCUCUCUCCUCCUUCCCUGCGCGUGUGUAUUAUAUAUAUAUAUCGACCUGUGUUAGAAUGCACCCGAAUGAUUGAACCAGAACAUUGAAGUUGGGAAUAAACAACGAAGGUGCGGGAGGAAAAGAGAGGGCAUUUCCAGCCCUCUGCUCGCCGCAUAUGCUUUUCCUCAGAUCUUGAAAAAUUCUCCCAGCCCCCCACCACCCACUCUUUCGCCUGUCUUCCUAAUCUGGACGGCAAUGGAUCCUGGAAAAGUGUUUGUUGGUGGGAUUUCAUGGGAGACCAGCGAGGGGAGACUCAGAGAGUAUUUCGAGACAUUCGGAGAAGUGGUUGAGGCGGUGAUCAUGAAGGAUCGAACCACAGGCCGCGCCCGCGGUUUUGGUUUUGUUGUUUUUGAGGAUUCCUCUGUUGCUGAAAGAGUUGUCAAGGAGAAGCACAUUAUAGAUGGCAGAACUGUUGAAGCAAAGAAGGCUGUCCCAAGAGAUGAACAUUACACGAACAAAAAUAAUGUAAAUAUACUCCCUGUUUCUGCCCGAACGAGAAAAAUUUUUGUUGGAGGAUUAGCGUCGUCUGUGUCUGAGAGUGACUUUAAGAAGUAUUUCGAUCAAUUCGGGACAAUAACUGAUGUCGUAGUGAUGUAUGACCACAACACCCAAAGGCCAAGAGGUUUUGGAUUUAUCACUUAUGACUCGGAGGAAGCAGUGGAUAGAGUUCUUCACAAAAUGUUCCAUGAACUUAAUGGGAAAAUGGUUGAGGUCAAGCGAGCUGUUCCUAAGGAGCUGUCACCUGGACCAAUCCGUAGUCCAUUAACUGGAUAUAAUAACUCUGGUCUCAACAGAGUAAACAGUAUCCUCAAUGGAUACACUCUUGGUCAGGGUCUAAGUUCUCUAGGAGGUUAUGCAUCAAGAAUGGAGAGAUAUAGUCCAACUCCCGUUGGUCGUAGCGGAUAUUCAUUGUUUAAUCAGCCAAACUUCGGGGAAAGAGGAAAUUUGGGUGCUAAUAUUGGAUAUGGGAGGACCCAAAGUCCCUUCAGCUCUGGGAUAUCAAGUUGUUAUGACACGCCGAUCCAAAGUGGUUCUGUUUUGAACUCAACAAGUUGGAACUUGUGGGACAGAGAGAACGAUAUUGUUGGCUUAGGAAGUCUUGGAGCAAUUUGGGGUUCCUCCUCAAUUUCAAGCCAUGCGGGAAAGAAUGGCCCGUUUGAGAAUGACAUCAUCAGUUACAACAAUGGAGGUAAUAGCUUUGUAAGUGGCAGAAGGUUUGCUCAAAAAGAAAAUGUUUAUAGCAGGGAUUUGGGGAACUUGUAUGGGCCUGGGAAAAGCUUGUUCUUUGAUGAUCCAACGCAGUAUUCAUCAUCUCCAUUGCGCGAUGUUUCUAGCUCGUUCGGCUAUGGGCCUGAUAGUAUAUCGCCAGAUGCCAUAUCGAACAAUUCGCUCGAUGGUCUUGGUGGUUAUGGUGUUACAAAUAUAUCAACUAGAGAAAUUGCUGCCUAGGAGGAGACUUCCCGCGGCAUAAAAACUCGCCCCGAAGGUGGAGAGUACAGUUUGAAGGUAAUUCGAGAGUUGCAUGUCGCAACCGAUAGAGAACACGCAAAGGCUAGAGAGAGAGAGAGAGAGAGAGAGAGGUCCAUCCCCUUAUAUGAGCCCCUUUUUUAUUACUCAGUGAAGUUUAGAGCUUUUUCUUUUGACAUAGGCUGAGGCACAAACAUGAAUAUAGCUGAUACACUGGAAAUGAAAAGUUGUGUGCAAUGUGUGUGUGUGUGUGUGUCUGUGUGUGUUUUUUUUUCUUUAAUUUUUUUUUAUAUAUGAAACUCUAUUUCUUGAACGGUUAGAAGUAAAUAGGCAAAAGUAUGGCAAUUUCACCAAGUGUAAUCCCAGGAGAUGUAUUUCAGGCAAAUGUAGAAUUUUACUAUAUGCAAAUAAUGUACCUUUCAUAUU